CGGCCACAGAGACAGAGUGGGUCUGCUAGUGAGUAACGUAGCAUCUUGCGUGACCGAAAUGAGCAGCUUUCAGUUUAACUUGUUAUGAACAUAAACAAGAGGAAAGCUUGUGCAAACAAAAACUGUUUUCAGGACUGUUGCCAGUACGUAAGUUUUAUAUUACGGUACACAGUUCAACUCGGGCGUCUGAUAUUACAGCAUUUGGAAUGUGCUUGAGUGUGUGCUGUCACGUGCUGCAUAACUGACUAAAAUAGGCAUCAAUGAUCAAUGCCUUUAAAACAAUGGGCUUUCAUUUAUUUUCCCCGGUGCUAAGACAAAUAAUCACUCAACCGAAAGCGUGCUUUAGUUAUUCAGUAUUACGUCACAGUUUUGUCAAUACUGACAGUAAGCCUGUAAAGAGAAAAGGGAAACCUGAUCUACCUGCCCACUGGCACUCGCUCUCCUGGGAAGAGAGACUGGCUGAUGCCGUGACUCCUCUAUGGAGACUGAGUUAUGAGGAGCAGCUUAAAUGGAAACAAGAACAACAGCACAAAAUUUUACUUGAGAUGACAAAGCUGGCCCAGGAUUCACCCCAUAAACCAGAUGAUUUAAGAUUCCCCCUUCUGCCCAUAGUACCCUCACCAGUGAUUGAUGGAUACCGCAAUAAGUCAACCUUCUCUGUCAACACAGGAGUAGACGGAAACCCAAAGACGGUUGGAUUUUACAUUGGAAAAAGGGGUAACAUUGUCUGUGUCCAUGGCGACCACCUCUUGAACAUGCCUCAGAAGCACAAGAUGGUCGCGAGGUACUACGAACACUUUAUACGUCUCUCACCCCUAAACCCAUGUAUUUUGUUUCACGAUGGUGGUCACUGGAGAGAAAUCACUAUAAGAACGAAUUCUGCCGGUCACACUAUGGCUAUAGUUUACUUCCAUCCUCAACAACUGACACCUGAGGAGAUUUCCAUCCAUAAAGCUGACCUGGUCGAAUACUUCACAGAAGGUCCCGGUGCAGUUUGUCAAUUGGAUUCGCUUUACUUUCAGGAGAGUACAAUGACCCGAUGCAGUCAUGAACAAUCCCCCUAUCAGCUUUUGUAUGGACAGCCUCAUAUCUUUGAGGAGGUGCUUGGAUUUAAGUUCAGAAUAUCUGCUGAUUCUUUUUUCCAGGUGAACAGGGGAGCAGCAGAGGCUUUGUACCGGACUGUUGCGGAUCUGAAUAGGACUUGUGUUGGUGGUACCCUUCUGGAUAUCUGCUGUGGUACAGGAGCAAUUGGCAUUUCAUUAUCUCCACAGAUGGAGAGAGUGAUUGGCAUAGAGCUUAUUGAGCAGGCAGUUGAGGACGCCAAGUAUAAUGCAGAACUAAAUGGAGUAAAUAACUGUGAAUUUCUUUCAGGCAAAGCAGAGGUUGUUCUACCAAAUUUGAUGUCAACGUUGGGUUCUCACGGUGGGCUGACAGCCGUCGUGAAUCCGUCCAGGGCAGGCCUGCAUUAUCGAGUUGUCAGAGCCUUAAGGAAUCACCCAGCAAUAAGAAGGCUUGUCUACAUAUCAUGCAAACCUGAUGGCGAGGCAAUGAGGAACUUUAGGGAUCUUUGCUGUGGAUCGAAUUUUCAGAGGAAGAUCAACGGGGAAGCCUUUAAACCAGUCGUGGCUGUUCCUGUGGACCUGUUUCCACACACUCCUCACUGUGAACUCGUGCUUGUUUUUGAGAGAUAGAAAAUACUGAUUGAAGGCAAUUAAUCAUUUUGUAACAAAACAUGAAUAUCUAUAAACCAUUGAAUGUGAAUGCAAAGUGUUCAGUAUAAUUACCACCUUAAAUGUCAUAAUGUAUAAAUAUCAGAAAGACACAAUAUUACAGUAACCUAUUUAUUUUGAAUGUUA